AUGUUUCGCCUGCUACCUUGGCCCUCUGCGAUCGGAGGGAACAAGAUGAUGUCGGAAGAUGUCAAGAUGUUGACCCCCUGUGUCAACACCUUGGUCCCCCAGCUCAAGCGGAAGCGCUCCGAUGACUCUGUGAAGGGGGCACCUGCUGCCACGAAGAUCCGCACCGAUGAUUCAAUUAAGAUGCCGUCGCCCCCGGUCGCACCUUCGAAUCCUGUCGCUUCCCCAAAUGCGCCAUCGUCCAUGGCCACACCCACGCGUCCACCAGCGCAGGCCGCCGGUCGCACGGAUGUGGAUCGUCUCCGUGACACCAUCACCGCCCAGUUAAGUCUGGAGGUGCUGUUGAAGCACAAUGAACUACGUCUGAUCGACCAAGAAAUCGCCAAAUGUCAAGUCUCACUCGAACAGUUGCGCCGCUGUGCUGAGAUCCCGUACCCGGGAUCCAGCGUUACCGGUAUCUCGGCCGAUGUGAGUUUAGGCACGGGCGCAUCGGUGCUGCCUGGAAAUGGCUCCGCACCUAUGUCGCCUGCGCCCUGGGGUGUCACGGAAGGCCCAUAUUCGCGUCACUACGCGAGAUGGUUGCUGCCAGACCCCCGGUUUGAUGGUGAAGUCGACUCGGGUUUGUCAGCAGGUUCUGCUAUUCCCGUCGAGGGCCGGUCUACUCGGGGGAACCCGGUGGAUUUCAGCUCGCUGGCUGGGAAAUCGCGCCCUUCACGGGGCUCGGGCGCUCCCAAGUUGCAGUCGCUGCCUAGUGGAUAUCCUGUCGUUAAGGAAAAGGCAGGCCCAAUGAUUAUGCGACGCAAGUCGGAUGGUCUUUUUGUCAAGCUUACCUGCCUGGAUUGCCAACGCGUCGACUUCUCCAGUACGCAAGGCUUUAUCAAUCACUGUCGUAUUGCACACAACCGGAAUUUUGCUAGCCACGAUGCCGCUGCUCAGGCAUCGGGCGAGCCUGUCGAGGUGGAUGAGUCUGGUGCUAUCAUCGGUGGCCGGACUGAGUCUACUACCAGCACUGCUGCCUCGGGAUCCGUUCAUCCAUUGAAUCGUUCUUCCAACCUACCCACUCCGGCCAAGGAGUCGGUGACUCCAAAGAAAUUGUCUGUGAUGAGCAACUCUGCGGUUGCGACUCCUCCAGCAACCAUUCAACGGAAGGUUGAUCCGCGUCGCCAGUCCGAGCCUGCCAAGGCCAACAAUCCCUCGUUCCUUGCCUCGCCUGCGACUCCUCAUCUCUCUGCUUUCAUGAAAUCGCGUGGCCUGGGCUUGAACAUGGAGAAGUUGGUGCAAGAAGCCAAGACCCCUGUCGAUCUGAGUGGUCUCUCCGACGAUGACUCCGAUAUGGACGAGUCAGCCCCGUCUUCUGCAAGGACCCCUCAGGACUCCCAGCAAGGUCCUCAUGCAGCACGUCAUCCUAUGCGUAUGCCUACUGCCCAAGACGCGGCCGAUCAACCUGGCGGCAAGGCUCUUCAGCAUCCCGACAUGACUCCGACUCGGCCUCAAUCUCAUGCGCCAUAUCUUUCUGAGCUUGAGGCUCUGUCUGCCUCAGCUCCUCCGUCUGCAAUGGAUACUCCUCGGGAUCCCAUGGACCAUCCAGCCCAUCUGAGCCCCAACACUAUGGAGUCUAACCAGGCUCCUAGCUUGGUCAGCGAUGAUGAAGAUGACUAUGAAGUGGCAUUUGACUCCGACAGCCCUAGCUCGUCUGAGGCCGAGGACAAUGAUGAAGAGUUCCGUCACAUCGAAGUGCAAGAUGACGAGCGCACCAGUGCCCCGUCUGCUCCCGCAGAGUCCAAGCCUGGUCCCUCGCUGGCGAACCCGAUGUCGCAACCUGCGCCCCCUCUUCCCAAGCAAAUGAAGCAGGGCCGUCCCGCGCUGCCUUCAUUUGAUCGUACCCGGGACGACCAGUUCAACCCCAUGCGUGAUAUCACCAAGCCGGUGAACUUCACACGACCUGACUUCCGUCCUCCCAGUGAGGAUCCGUCAAAGACGAAGCGGGACAAUGGGCGCAACCCCUCUCCCCCUUUCAGCAGAUAA